GGCAUUGAUAAUCGGUGUUAUAUCUGCCUUUAACUCAUUCUUGAUAGAGAGCACUAGCAGACCCAGCGAGCGCAUGGUCGCGAAAUGCGGGCCGCUAGAUAUCACCCGCGCUCGGGGCUUCAUGCCCGUAAGGUUGCACCUUGCGCUCGGCUCGCUCCCGCUCGCCCGGCUGCCGCCUCGCGAACGGCCCUGCGAGUCGUGAACGAUGGUUUGUCCGCCAAGGGCAAGCCGAUCCUGCCCAAGCAGCUUGUGGUGCAGCGUAUCAUGGGAGAAGGCUCGUUUGGUCAAGUCUUUGAGGGCCAACUCAAUACACCGCAAGGCUCACAACGUGUGGUGCUUAAGCGUGUGAAGACGAGGGUCGAGGGCGCUGAGGAGAUGAGCCAGAUGGAGCACCUGCUCAACGUGUACGCCAGCCGGGUGGCUCGCGGCCACUGCGCCGACUUCCUGGGCUACUGCGAGGUGGCGGACAGCGAGGCCAACGUGCGCCUCACGGCGGGGCUGUGGCUGGUGUGGAAGUAUGAGGGCAGCAAGACCCUGGCCUACUACCUGCGGCGGCGCGACACCACCCGCGCCCUGGCGGACGACCUGGGGGUGCCGGAGCCGGUGGCGGUGCCCACUGUCAUGAAGCACAUCUUUGAGGGCCUGGCGGCCUUCCACGCCGCGGGCCUGGUUCACCGCGACAUCAAGCCGCUCAACAUCAUCUUCGCGGAGGACGUGACCCGCUUCAAGCUGAUCGACCUGGGCGCGUGUGCGGACCUGCGCACCGGUACAAACUACGUGCCGGAGGAGUCCAUCCUGGACCUCAACUACUGCCCGCCGGAGCAGUACGUCAUGCCCACCGACUCGCCUCACAUCGCCAAGCAGGCCGGCCUGCUGAAGCUGGCCAUCAGCCCCAUGCUGUGGGCCAAGCACAAGCCCGACCGCUUCGACACCUGGUCCGCAGGCAUUGUGAUGCUGCAGAUGGCGGUGCCGUCCAUGCGCACGGACCGCGCCCUGCGCGCCUUCAACGCCAGCUACGGCACCAAGUACAAGUACGACCUGGCGGCCUGGCGCAAGGGCGUCAACCUGUACCCCCGCGACUGCGCGCUGCUGGACGCCAACGACGGGCUGGGCUGGGAUCUGCUUCAGUCGCUGCUGGCGCCGCGCCACAUCCAGGUGGACGACAAUGGUGGCGUCAGCUUCGUCAACGACACGCCCUUCCCGCGCAUCAGCGCCUACGAGGCGCUCAAGCACAAGUACAUCAAGAAUGCGCUGGAGGCCGCCGCAGCGGCUGCCGCGCCCGCCGCCGUGCCCGCCACCAGCGGCAGCAGCGGCCGCUCCUCCCCCGGCUCCACCACCAACAGCCGCAGCAGCGGCGGCUCCAUAGACCUCACGCCCGCCGCCGCGGCCGCGUCCAACCGCGCCGGAACCAACGGCAGGGGCAAGGCCGCCGCCGCCUCGGCCGCCGCCAGCACCGCCUCCGCCGCCUCCACCAGCGGCACCGGCACCACCGGCGGCGGCGGCGACCCGCUGGGCAGCGCUCUGGGUCUGUGGCGCGACAUGACGGGUCGGCUGUUUGACCUGGAGGCCAAGAUCAUGAAGCAGGCGUCCGCCACGGAGCUGCAGACCACCACCGUGAAGCGGCUGCGGGAGCAGGUGGCGGCCGGCAAGGCCGACCCCGGGGUGCUCAAGCAGGAGGAGAAGGUGCUGGACAAGAUGCAGAACCGCCUGGCGGGCCUGCAGCAGGACUUCACCUCCACAGCCAACCAGGCCUCCAAUAUCUUCAGCUUCUUCGGCUUUGGCCCCAAGAAGCAGCAGCCGGCGGCGCAGCAACAGCCGGCCGCUUCGGCGCCGCAGCCGUCCGCGGCCACGCCCUCCAACCCCAUGGGCCUGCCGCCCGGCUUCCGCGGCUCCGCGGACAAGUCCGACAAGGCCAAGGCCAGUCUGGAGGCCCUGCGCGCCAACGCCGCCGCCUCUGCCGCCGUGGCCAGCGGCAGCCGAGACGGCACCACCGGCGCCUCCACCUCGGGCGGCGGCGCGGCGGGCGCGGCCAGCUCUGCGGCGGGCAUGUUCAGCAGCAUGUGGGAGCGCUUCAGCAACCGCCUGACGGACCUGGAGACCAAGAUCGGCAACCAGGCCUCCGCGACGGAGCGGCAGUCGCUGGUGGUUCGCGGCCUGCGCGCCAAGGUGAAGGCGGGCGAGGCGGAGCCGGAGCUGCUGGACAAGGCUGAGCGCACUCUGGGCCGCAUGGAGCGGCGGCUGCUUGCGCUGGACCGUGACUACAAGCAGGCCAAACAGAGCGCCAGCGGAGCGCUGCAGGGCCAAGUGCCGACGGACAUGGACGGCGGCCGGCGCAGCGGCAGCCGGGAGCAGUCGGUGGCGGGCGUGGCCGAGGCGGUGGCGGCGGCGGAGGCGGCACUAAAGAGUAACGAGUCGGAGGGCGAGGGGAGCUCGUUCUGGAGCCGGCUGCUGGGCACGCCCAGCGGGCGCCGGGGCAGCAGCGGCAGCAGUGUGGACGGCGGCAGCGGCAAGGAGAAGGCGGGCUCCUCCUCACAGUCCGCGGCGCAGCCCCAGCAGCAGAUGCCGCGGUCGCCCUCACCGCUGUUCCGCCGCCAGCCCAGCGCGACGCCGGAGCAGGUGCAGGCGCAGGCAGCUGCAGCGCAGCAGCAGCAGGCGGCCCCGCAGCGCAGCUCCAGCCAGACCAGCAGCGGCGGCUACCGGUCCAUCUUCGGAUUUGGCAGUAACCAGCCCGCCGCACCAGCCGCACCGGCGGCCCCCGCUCCCCCGACCCAGCGCUCAUCACCACCGCCCCAGCGCUCGUCCUCUCCUUCACGCAGCAUCUUCUCCGCCUUCGCGCCGCAGCAGCAACAACAGGCGCCGCCGCCGCCGCCCGCACCCCCCGCUGCACCCCAGGCUACCAGCCCGGCAGCCCCCGCCCGCUCCUCCUCACCCCUGCGCGGCGGCGGCCUCUUCGGCGGCCUGUUCGGCGGCCGCCCCACCUCCACGCCCCCCGCACAGCAGCAGAAGCCCGCUGCGCCGCCUCCUCCUCCUGCGCCUGAGCCCACGCCGGCGCUGGUGCCGCCUCCUGCGGUGGCUGCGGGCGCCUCCAGCGGCGACGCGCUGCUGGAGGGCGCCGGCCGCGUCAUCCGCAGCAGCCUGGGCUUCACGGGGCUGGCGGCCAAGGUGGCGGGCGACCUGGCGGCGGCGUUCAAGGCGGACGCGGAGCGCUACAUGAAGGAGAUGGAGGUGCAGGAGGCGGCCAAGAAGCAGCAGCGGGUGUUGGACCUGGCCUUUAUGGCGCUGCUGCGGGAGGCGCAGCCGCCCGUGGCCAGCACCACCUCCUACGAGCAGGCCGAGUCACGGUUCGGGCAGGAGGCAGCCUGGCUGGCGCUGGCCAGUGAGCCCAAGCGCCGCAAGCUGUUCGACUCGUACCUGGUAGCGGCCAAGAAGGUGGAGGAGCAGGCGGCGGCGGCGGCGGAGGCGGGAUACAGGGCGGCGCUGCGACGCUACGGCGUGUCGGCCACCUCCAAGUGGGAGCAGUUCCGGGCGGACCUGCCGCGCGACGACCCCAGCCUGGAGGCGGUGGCGGACCCCGGCCGCCGCCAGCAGCUGUUCGUGGAGGUGGUGGCGGAGCUGCAGCUGCAGGCGGCGCUGCAGGCGGCGGCGCAGAAGGCCGAGCUGGAGUUCACAGCGCUGCUGGCGGAGGUGCGCGAGCCCACCGUCACCUCCACCAGCACGUGGGCGCUGGUGCGCAAGGCCGUGUCCAGCGACCCUCGCUGCCAGGCGCUGCCCGAGCAGCGGCGCAGGGAGCUGUUCGAGGCCUACACUGCCAAGCUGUUCGAGGCGGAGGCGUUCAAUAUGGAGGCGGCGGUGCGGGAGGCCGAGUCCUCAGAGGCCUCCGACACAGAGCCCGCGCCGGCGGUGGCCGUGGUUGCCGCGCAGCAAGCGAUUAAGCCCUCUGCUGCCACAACCGCCAAGCCCGCGGCCACCGUCGUGGCUGCGGCCGCCGCUCCCGUCAUAACACCGACUGUGCUGGCGGCAAACUCCGAUUCUGACGAGCUCUCCGCCACCGCCCUGGCCGUCCCUCCCGCUGCACCUGUGCCUGCUGCCACCUCGGCUGCCUCCGCCGCCUCGGCGCUGGAGGACGACGACCUGGCUGCGGUGCUGGCGUCCAUGGAGGCGGCGCUGGACACGGCCAUGAAGGCGGUGGCCAGCAGCCCCGCGCCCGCAGACCUGGUCAAGGGCAUGGGGGUGGGGGUGCCGGCGGCGGCGGCGGGCCAGAAGCCGGUGUUGCAGGGCGGUGGCGGCAACAACGUGGUGCCCGCGGCGGCGGCGGCGGGUGCGGCCAGUGGGUCGGCGCCCGUGUUUGAGGGCGGGCGGCUGGAGGAGCUGCGCCGCGAGCAGGCCCGCCUGCGCGCCGAGUACGAGACCAUGGCCCAGCGGCUGCGCGAGAUGGAGGAGAGGCUCCGGGGCCAGGCGUCGCUCAUCAACACCGCCUCCAGCAUCGACGACACCCCGUCACCCGGCUUCCCCAGCGCCGGUGCCAGCGGCGAUUCCGCUGCCGGCAACGGCGAUGGGGUGGCUGCCGCCAGCUCGGAGGGCAGCAGCGGCGCCAGCAGCAACGGCACCUACGCACCGGCUCGCGGCAGCAACAGGCGCUAAGGACUGGGGCGUGUAAGCAUGCACGUCAAUUUCGAGCGAGCAGCAGCAUCAGGGCCUGCAGCAACAUACGGCGGCCUGAGAGCGAACACAACAGCACGCGGGCAGGGCAUGCUAAAAUUAUUUGAAGCUCAUACAGUUUUGCGGCUGAGGAGAGGAGUCGGGAGAGGAGCUGUUCACCUGCAGACGCUAGCGGCACCAGCGCCUGCCGUGCACGCGGUUAAAGAGCUGACGUGAGUGGACGCACAAACACUUAUGUGCAUGAAGGCAGUAGCAAUCGUCUGUAUUGUUGCCUCUGACGCGUUAUUUGUACGGUAUAUACUCGGAGAAUGCAGCAAUUAUUCUACGUGCGGCAGACAUUGAGCAAGCAAGGGGGAUAACGAUACAGCAGUGUGGUAGCAACGCGCGUAGUGAGGUGGAUUAGGACGAUGCGGUGAAAUGUCGGGCAAGCUGUAUUUGAGAGGAUAGCGAUGGUUGGUUUGCGCCUCAAACAUGGGGAGUCACAACGCAUUGAAGGCAAGGCACUAGGGUAGGUGGAACAUGUCAGGAACACAUUUACAGUACUUACUCUG